AUGGCUCUUGCAAUGCUGCUUCUCUCAUUCCUCUUCAUGAUAAUGUCAAUGUCAUCAGCGGCAAACAAAACCACCCCACUCUUGCUCUCCGCCGAAACCAACACCUUCCCCGGUUGGUCAUUCAACGGCGUGGUUUGGUACGUAACCGCUGGUCACAAUGUCUCAUUACCAGGAAAUAUUGGCCAUGGCGUGCAGCUGGGGCAAGGUAGCAAGAUCAAUCAAACAUUUAGAGCUAAUAGGAAUUAUAUGGACUAUGUUCUUACCUUCACUCUUGCUCGUGGUGGUGAGGACUGCUCUAAUACUAACUCAACUGCUGUGAAUGUUUCUUCUCCUGAGAGAUCCAAAGUUUUCUUCUUCGAAAGGCAAUACGGGAGAGAAAUGUGGGGCAACCAUGCUUGCUAA